AUGGAGCAGGAGCUCUUGUGCUGGCUCAAGUUUGUCUGUAUAUCUCUGAUGGUGCUGGUUUUUUCUCUAAGGAUGGCAGUGCUGCUUUGGUGGAGGCCCAGAAAAAUUGAGGAACAUUUUGGGAAGCAAGGGAUCAGAGGACCCCCUUACCGUUUCUUCAUUGGAAAUGUUAAGGAACUUGUGGGGAUGAUGAUCAAGGCCUCUUCUCAAACCAUGCCUUCCACCUCUCACAAUAUUCUCCCCAGAGUUCUUCCUUUUUACCAUCACUGGAAAAAAAUCUAUGGUGCAACAUUUCUUGUGUGGUUUGGACCUACAGUUCGACUCACUGUUUCUGAUCCUGAUCUCAUCCGUGAAAUUUUUACUUCAAAGUCAGAAUUCUAUGAGAAAAAUGAGGCUCACCCACUUGUUAAACAGCUCGAGGGCGAUGGCCUCCUAAGCCUCAAAGGUGAAAAAUGGGCUCACCAUAGAAAAAUCAUUACCCCUACCUUCCAUAUGGAGAAUGUCAAGUUGUUGAUACCGGUGAUGGCCACAAGUAUAGUAGAUAUGAUGGACAAAUGGUCAGCAAUGUCCAGCUCUGGUGAGGUGGAGAUUGAAGUUUCUGAGUGGUUCCAAAACCUAACAGAAGAUAUAAUUACCAGAACAGCCUUUGGAAGCAGCUAUGAAGAUGGCAAAGCCAUUUUCAGGCUUCAAGCUCAACAAAUGGUGCUUGUUGCCGAGGCUUUUCAAAAAGUUUUCAUCCCUGGUUAUAGAUUUUUGCCCACAAAAAGAAACAUAAAUUCUUGGAAAUUGGACAAGGAAAUCAAGAAAUCCCUGAUAAAACUGAUCGACCGGAGGAGAGAGAAUUCAAACUCGGGCAACAACAACAACAAUGUGCACGAAAAAUGUCCCAAGGAUUUACUCGGCCUUAUGAUUCAAGCCUCAAAUUCUUCCCCCUCCUCCAAUAUCACUGUCAACGACAUUGUUGAAGAGUGCAAGAGCUUUUUCUUUGCCGGCAAACAGACAACGUCCAAUUUGCUGACAUGGACAACGGUUCUCCUAGCAAUGCACCCACAGUGGCAGCUAGAGGCACGUGCCGAGGUGCUGAAGAUGUGUGGAGCACGUGACCUACCAACCAAGGACGAUGUUGUGAAGCUUAAGACGCUGAAUAUGAUCCUAAAUGAAUCACUACGGUUGUACCCGCCUACUAUCGCGACAAUCCGACGGUCAAGAACGGAUGUGGAGCUUGGGGGUUACAAGGUCCCACGCGGGACCGAGCUUUUGAUUCCGAUCUUGGCUGUUCAUCAUGAUCAGAGCAUAUGGGGGAAUGACGCGAAGGAGUUCAAUCCGGCCCGAUUCGCGGAGGGCGUGGCCCGAGCCGCCAAGCAUCCGGUGGCGUUCAUUCCAUUUGGGCUCGGGGUCCGCACAUGCAUUGGGCAAAAUCUAGCGUUGUUGCAGGCAAAAUUAGCUCUGGCCAUCAUACUUCAACGCUUCUCUUUCAGGCUGGCCCCCACCUAUCAACACGCACCAACGGUCCUGAUGCUACUUUACCCUCAAUACGGUGCGCCCAUCAUUUUUCAACGUCUGCCCCUACAUGAGCAGGAUCAAGAUCAAGGGCCCUGA